UUUGUGCAACUGAAUUUCCCUAUUUGCUAAACUUGGGCUCUAACGAACGGUACAAAACGAAAAUAAAAACUGGAAAGUGUGUCAGCAAGAAGCAAGAAAGGGAAGGAAGUCCCCUCCAAACUGAGGCCCUCGAGUUCAGUAUUUCAUGCACCUCCACGGAGAUGUGGUUAGCUCUCGUUUUACUAUGGCUCGCAGCCAAUUCGAGGGGAAAUGUGAUCGACAACAAUCUGGACGUCGAGGCUGUGAAGGAAGUCGAAUCUCUCCUCGCCAAAGACCCGAACUUGCCUCGGCUGACCAGGGGCGAAAUUCUCUCUCUCAUUUCUGAAAUACGCCAGGGAAAGGACGUGAUGAUCGUCCUUCCUCAGAACGUGACGACCACGACGACGACGCCGAAACCGACGAGGAAAACUAUCAAAAGGAGAAGAAAGCCUGUCAGGCCGGUCUAUCGUCAGUCCACUACCACCACGACUACCAGCACGACGGAAAAUCCGACUCAGCCUAGUUUCAAAGCAGCAUCGGAUAAUGUUCGACCAAUUUUUGUCACACCCGAAUUGACGUUUGAGACUUCAUCGACUGUCAAAUUAUCUUCGACGACUGUCAGACCUACUGAAACGACACCCGGCUUCUCGACGACGACAAAAGUCGGUUCCAAUCCGGACGUCUUUGUAGCGGCGGAGUCUCUCGGACCGGACAUGAAGGAGCUCCUGAGUAGCUUCGGUCUUCUUGGCCCAGUUGCCACGACGGAAAAGAUCACAUACCAAGGAGACGUGUCCCCCACAGUGGACCCUUCGUCCUAUUCUAGGUUCAAACCGCUAUCUUUUGAGUCGGAAGGCAUGUCCCCAGAUAUGAAAUCUUUCCUCUCGUCGUACGGCCUCUUAGACAACAGAAAGUCCAAAUCUGUCAACAUAGACCCAGUCGAACAACUCCCAGGCAAAGAUGUCCUACAAGACCUCGGCGUCGCCCCUACCAAGAACAACUUCAUCUUCAACCCUCGAAAACUGAGCAAGAACAAUACCGAGGAACUGCAGAAGGUCAACGAGAUCCUUACCAGAUUGCGGGAAAUUUCCGAAGGGAAUGCCACCGAUCUGAACAGCGAGGAGGUGAAGGAAUUGCUAGCCUUGGAGAACGGUACGAGGCUGGCCGAGCAGGAUAACAUCGAUCCUUUAUCGGACAACUUCACCCUUUCUGAGUUGAAGAACGAGAUAAAAAGACAGCAGCCGAACUCGACAACGGCCGAACCGACCGAACCGCCCAAGACGACUCCUCUUGACGACGACCCUGAACUCUUGUCCGGCGACACGGGUGCCGUCUUGGGAGAUUCCUUCGGAGGAACCGGUGACACGACCACCGCCAAACCCAACGGUUUCUAUUUUCUUUUCGACUGGAACAGCUUCAUCGACGUCGGGACUGAGGACGAACCGCGGAAGGUCAACAUCAAUUUUUCACCGAAAGUGGGUGAUCCCAGAAAUUUCAUCAGCGUAAAAAUACCUUAGUGGAGCGAUGCCGAACCGUCUUCCCGUUACUGAACUUUGGUCUGGGUUCACCCGUUAUCUUCGAAAUUGGGUGAUCAAGUCCAGAACCGUUAAACGGAUCUAAGAUCAAUAUUUUGGUUUAGAUUUAAACCUUUUGUAAAUAAUUGUAGAUUUUAUAAUGUUAUAUGUAUUUAUUUGUAAAAAAAAUAAAGUAUU